GACUUACUGCGCCCAAUGCGUUUUUAUAUUAAUUAUUAUUAGUCGGUUUGAUUUUGGUGGUGGUUGGAGCCAAAUCACGUUUGGUACUCGAAAAUUCCAAUACUUGUUCACGGCACAUUUCUCUGACUUUGACUCCGUAAGUUCCUUUUCUGCCCCCCGGUUUAAUUGGAAUUGUGAAUCCCUCUUCUUCAUUCUCACCCAACACCUCCUUGCCCUUUGGCUUUGGCUUUUCUGCCGUUUAAAUUGCUUUCUUUGUAUUUUGUGUAAUAAUUUUCAUACGUAAAUUGGGUGGGUGCGGUGCAGAUACCUGAUAGCGGCUGCUGUCACCGAUGGUGUUCUUCAGGAGUGUCACUGCGCUUUCCAAGCUCCGUCCUCGUCUUGGCCAACAGUCGAAUCUCAGAGAUUCCGUCAGAUGGCUUCAAACGCAGACCUCCACAGAUCUUGACCUUCGUUCUCACUUGAAGGAAUUGAUUCCAGAACAACAGGAACGUCUGAAGAAAAUCAAGGCAGAAUAUGGAAAAGUUCAACUGGGCAAUAUCACUGUUGAUAUGGUUCUUGGUGGAAUGAGAGGAAUGACAGGGUUGCUGUGGGAAACUUCCUUACUUGACCCAGAUGAGGGGAUUCGCUUCAGGGGUUUGUCAAUUCCAGAAUGCCAGAAAGUAUUACCAGGUGCAAAGCCUGGUGGGGAACCUUUGCCUGAGGGUCUUCUGUGGCUACUUUUAACAGGAAAGGUACCAAGCAAAGAGCAAGUUGAUGCAUUAUCGGAGGAAUUGAGGAGCCGUGCCGUAGUUCCAGAUUAUGUGUAUAAGGCCAUUGAUGCUCUGCCUAUUACAGCACAUCCAAUGACUCAGUUUACCACCGGUGUUAUGGCCCUCCAGGUUCAGAGUGAAUUCCAGAAGGCAUACGAUAAGGGGAUACAUAAGUCAAAGUACUGGGAGCCAACUUUUGAGGAUUCACUUAGCUUGAUUGCACAACUGCCAGUAGUAGCUUCUUAUGUUUACCGGAGAAUUUUUAAGGAUGGAAAAGUAAUACCUGUUGAUGACUCCCUGGAUUAUGGUGCAAAUUUUUCACACUUGUUGGGCUUUAACGAUCCCAAGAUGCACGAGCUUAUGAGGCUUUAUGUCACCAUUCAUAGUGAUCAUGAAGGUGGGAAUGUCAGUGCUCACACCGGCCACCUUGUAAGCUACCCUAUUUUUGUUUUGAGAUUUAAAUAUCAUAUAAUUAAUUUAAACCUGGAUUAUGAGAACUCGGUAAACCAUCAUUUACUCUUGAAAGAUGUGAUUAUUUGA